AUGCAAGCCAGAGUUUUAUCGCUGCGCGCCGUUGCUCGACUCAGUGAAUAUUCGGCUAAGGUCAGUCUCAGCGGCCGAACUCUAGUAAUAGAAGCAGGCCGCCUAGCACGUUUGGCGGACGGCUGCGCAGUGGCGAAGUUCGGCGAAACUGCGGUGAUGGUAACGGCGGUGAGUAAAGCGAUCACGUCCUUGCCGGUGCCAUCAUUCAUGCCGCUGACAGUGAACUUUCAAAACAAGGCAGCUGCUGUCGGCAGAAUCCCGAGCAACUUUUUGCGCCGAGAGAUCGGCUUGAGUGACGCAGAGAUCCUCACGGCGCGCCUAAUCGACCGUUCAAUUCGCCCGUUCUUCCCCAAAGAGAACGCUAGCGACUGUCAGGUAAUUUCUGAUAUGCACUCUUAA